AUGAUUCCCAAACCAAGACAAGAAAGUCUACCAGGUCAACUGAGGGCAGUCAUCCUACCACAAAGACCAAGUCCAAAACCAAGUAAACCAAAUGUUGCUGCCAAACCUUGUGUUUCAAAUAAUAAAAUGCUGAUCCAGAAUUCGAGUAAACCAUUGGUUGAUGUUGCUAGCAAACCUAUUUCAAGUAAUAAAAUGAUGGCUCAGGGUCCUAAUAAACCAUUGGUUAAUGUUGGUGCCAAACCUUCUGCACCAAGUAACAAAAUUGUGUUCAAGGGACCAAUCAGUCGUCCUGUAGACGUUGAAGAUUUUGAACAUUAUGUCAAAGAGUCGUUGGCUAAUAGGGAGUUGGAAAUGCAACAUAAGAAGUUCAAGAGAGGCAUGCAGAAAGAGUUUGGAUACGGCAUACAAGAUGCCAACAAAAUUAAAAACCGAUAUUUAAAUUUAAUAGCUUAUGAUAGUUCCAGGGUUGUUUUGAAGAAGUUGCCUAAUGACAAGUAUUCUGAUUACAUAAAUGCAAACUACGUUGACGGAUUUCUACGUCCAAAAGAAUAUAUAGCAACCCAAGGACCAAAACAGCAAACCGUAAACGACUUUUGGAGAAUGGUUUGGCAAGAGCAAGUUACUGCCAUCUGCAUGUUGACCAAUAUCAAAGAAUCGGAUAAAAUAAAGUGUCACCAGUACUGGCCCGAGCAAGAAGGUUCUGAAGAAAGUUAUGGAGAUAUCAAAGUCGAACAUCGAAGUUCCAGGAUUUAUGCAGAUUUCGUCUACAGAACUUUGAACAUCACUAAUGGAUCGGAGAGUUAUAUAUUGGAGCAUUUGCAUUUUACAGCUUGGCCUGAUCAUGGAGUUCCACUUUAUCCAGAAGCUCUGGUUCCUUUUAUUAAUAAAAUGCAAAGUAUACAAUCUGAUCAAACGCCAACUAUUGUUCAUUGCAGUGCCGGAGUUGGCAGAACAGGAACCAUAAUUUUAGCAGACAUUUGCAUCAAAAUGGCACGAGCAACUGGAAAAAUAGACAUCCUUUACUACCAGAACAAGAUACGAGAACAAAGAGCAAAUCUUGUGGACAGCAGUGACCAAUACAAAUUGGUACACAUGGUCGUACUAGAAACUUUACUGGGUGAACCUACGAGCAUCCCUUGCGAAAAUUUAAAAUCAGCCGUUGCUGAAAUGAAGAGGAAUAAUACUUUGUUCGAUAACUGGAUAAAAUUGGACAAAGUUGCUUGGAAGGAUGAUUAUUUGAAGUGUGCUGACAACAAACCAUCAGAAGAGGAUCUUAAUAGGAAGGAGAAUAGGAACAAAAUUGUAUCAGGUACCAGAGGUCGUGUAUUCCUAUCAAGAUUCCCCUUAUCCGAUGCAAAUUCUGAUUACAUCAAUGCAGUUUUUGUGGACGGUUUUAGAAUCAAAGAUCAAUUCAUCGUGACACACUUUCCUUUGCACCAUACUGUCUCAGAUUUUUGGAGAAUGAUAUCAGAUAAAGAAAUCUCUUUAGUGGGUGUACUCAACAAAAUAGACACCAGCGAUGAGAGUGUUCCAGAUUUUAUCCCAAAUGAAACCAAGGAGAUUUUGUCACCAAUACCACAGUUGGCGAUAAAGUACAAAAACAAAUUCGAGACUGAAUAUUGUUUUAUUAUAACCGUAGACUUCAAAGACACCACAAAGAGCAAAGAAGUAAACAAAAUCGUGACCAUUGUGCAAAUAAAAAAUUGGAACAAAGACAAAGUCCUACCGACUGCUCCUGGUGAAAAUCUAGAUUGUCUUCCAACUUUUUGGGAACAAUUGCAAAAACUGACUUGUGGUGAUGCUAAAAUACUUUUGACGUGCUUUGAUGGAGCAACUGCCUGUGGUCUUUUUGUUGCAAUGGUGUUUUGUAUUGAAAAGUUAAAGUUGGAACAGGAGUGUGAUGUGCCUUUGGCAAUUCGUACCAUCAGGAAACACAGGAAGGAAUUUGUAAGGAAUCAGAAUCAAUACCAAUACAUUUAUGAUGCUGCAUUGAAAUUUUUGGAAGAUUUUGAAAUUUAUUCAAACUUUCAGUAG